AUGUGGUUGUUUAGAGAAUAUUUUAAUCAAGUUACUCAAUUUUUGAUGGAAAAAUUCAUAAAAAAAGAAUAUUGGAGGAAAAAAGAAAGUGGAAUGAAGUUAUGUUUUUUUUGGAGCCUUACUUUUUUUGUUAUUGGGGUACCAUUGUUGAAUGAUUUUUUUAAUUAUACUUACGGGAUAAUUGGUAUAAAAGAAAAUAGAUUUGGAAUACCAGUAGUUGGUGGAGAAUUGAUAAGACCUAAUCAUGGAAAGAAAGUUAAUAUUACAUUAAAGAAAAGAGUUAAUAGAGAGGUUAAUGAUAUUGAUGAUGAUUAUGAUAAAAAAUGGGGUCAGUAUCAAAAAGUUGAGUUACCACCAUGGAUGGAAGAAGAUUUUUUAAAUUCACUUGAUGAAUCAGAUUAUCUUGGUCCUUUAAAUAAGGAUUAUUCAAAAGACAGAGUAAAGAGAAACUAUUUUAUUGAUCCAACAUCACUUUACAUGGAUGAUGACAAAGAAUCUAAUGAUAAUACUCCAAAAAAUUUUCGUUCUUUAGAUAGACAGGAUAUACCAGUUACAUAUCGACUUCAUAGAGAUUUACUAAGAUUUUAUCGUAAAGGAACAAGACCUGUAACUCAUCCCAAAAAACAAAUAUCUGUUUCAAUGUCAGUUUUUUUAUAUCAAAUUAUUAAACUUGAUGCAGUUAAGAAUACUAUUUCAUUAUCUGGAUCAUUUGAAUUGGUAAGUAUAUAUUUUUAUAUAUUUUAA